AUGCUUGCACAGACAACAACAGAGAAUAGAGUAAUACGCAAUAUUCCUCAAACAACUAUACAACUACCACGACCGCUAAAUGCAUUCUCAUCUUUCCCAUUACAUAUAUGGAAUGAACUCUCAAAAAAUAAUGAUAAAAAUCAGGAUAUACAUAUAUUUAUAUCCUCACAUCCUCUUCUUGGCCAGACACUACUCAAGCCUGUCUCACUCUAUUCGCUUUUAUAA